GGACAAAUUGACCAUACAAAGCUCGCAUUGCGCUUCUCCAAUCUCUUCUCUGUUGCUGUCUUCAACUGCGAAGUGGUAGAGAAAUUUCAACGAACAUGUCAUCUUUGAAAGGCUUCGCUGCCGCUGCAGGAACGCUGAGAAGCCGUCUCAGCUCAUCGCUGCGUAAGAGAGGAGGCGGAGAAGGUGUGAGUAGGUGGACGAGCCCAGGUCACCAAGAGCAACCCAACGGUUACCUCUUCAACAGAACCCCACUUCCACCUGGGCAGUCCAGGAAAUGGGAGGACUGGGAGCUUCCUUACUAUAUCACUGGUUUCCUCACCGUCGUCAUUCUCGGUGUCGGUCUCAAUGCUAAGCCCGAUUUCACCAUCGAGACUUGGGCUCACAAUAAAGCCCUCGAACGCCUUGAGAACCAGAAGAUUGCUCUCGCCUCCGCUGCUGAUGAAUCUGAGUGAUUGGUUAUUUCGGGUAUAGUUAAUCGGAUCCAUCCUUUUCGUGUUUUAUUGUUUCCUUUUAUGGGUUUGGAGCUGUUCUAUCGAUCAUGGUCGGGCAACUGUGAAUUUUGUGUUAUAGUAUCUGGAAUAAUUGUAGUUCAAUAAAGAUACCAAAUUUUGAAUUGGUGACACUUGAUGCUUUUUAUUGGUUCCUCUAUGGUUGAUUAUCAAGAUGUUCAACUUGAGAGUUUUAAGAGAAAGCACAAUUAUUUUC